UCCAACACCAAGGAGUAGAGCUUCUUCAGUUAGCUAAUACAGUUACUUUGACAGUUAACCAUGAAGAACACCUUCUUCUCUAUGGUCUUCCUCCUCUCCUUCCUCCUCUUCCUAGCCAGCACUAGUGAAGCAACCGUGCCAUGCGGCACUGUUGACAUGAAGGCAGCCUCAUGUGUGGGGUAUGCCACUGGCAAGGAGCCAAAGCCAUCGCCAGCAUGCUGCUCUGGACUUCAACAGCUUGCUGCAACUGUGAAAACAGUUGAUGAUAAGAAGAAUAUUUGCCGGUGCUUGAAGAAUGGUGUGAAGGCGUUCGCAGGCGUUCAGGACAGGCUCUUGAGCCAGAUUCCCACAGCUUGCAACAUCAAAGUUGGGUUCCCGGUGUCCUUGAACACCAACUGUGAAACGAUCCACUGAAAUACUUGGGAGUUCCAAGUUGUGAGUGGAAGGGGGUGACUUAGAGAAACCAAGGAAUGAGUUAAAUAAAACAGAUUACAGCCAUGUUUCAUGGUGCCUAUGUGAGACCCUUGCUUUGGUCUCAAUCAUGUAAUCUUCAUCCAGUUUCAAUGGAUCAGUUCCAGUUUAGUCUUUGAUCA